GUAAUCCAUGUUUUAUGUGGUUAGAAAUUGCUUCUAAUUCAAAUGGCGCGAGAAAACCCACCCCCCGCUUUAUUUUCACCCGAGACAACAAAGUCAACAACUACGUGAACUGAAUCGCUCACUGUUUGCUCUUUUAGAGUGUAAAAAGUAAAAACAUUGUAUUUUGUUGGGUUUUUAUUACUUAUUUUUCUGUAAGAAAUUACUGAGCUUACAAUGAGUCCAAGAAAAGCUGUUAAAACAGAAAAAAAUUCUGAUGGUGAAGAAACUGUAUCUGAAAAGACUCAUCCUAGCACUCGUAUGCUACGAAAACGCGAAUGGGACUCUGCCAGCAUUAUAAGUCCAGAGAGGGGUCCCGCUCAGAGGAAAGAAAUCAAACGAGAAAACAUGCAAUUGAAGCGCUCUCUGACAACUUCUUAUGCCCAAUCAGAAAAGAAAAAUUUGAUUAAGACAGAAAAACAGUCAUCUUUUGCUUUGGAGGAGUUAAAAACUGCAGUCAAAGAUGAGAAAAUGACUGAGGUUGAGGUUGAAGACACAAGUGACAGGAGCUCAACUAUUUCCUCUGGUGAAGUUGAAGAAGAUCCCCUAGUUCUGUCUCGAAGACAGAAACAAAUUGAUUAUGGGAAGAAUACCAUUGCCUAUGACAAUUAUCUCAAAAUUGUACCCAAAAAUAAAAGAACCAAGGAACACCCCCAAACCCCUAACAAGUACAAAAAGUACAGCCGAAGGGGCUGGGAUGGAUCCAUUAAAGUGUGGAGGAAAAUGUUGCAUGUCUUUGACACAUCUGAUGCCAGUAACCCAAAGGAGAAAGAAAAUGCAGCUGCAGCAGAUAAAGAUGUCGAAGACGCCCUUGAUUACCUCCCUUUCGACCUAAUCGACGACGAUGUUGUUUUAUAAACAAUUAAACAUGUUGUCUACACUCUUCAUCAUCGAAUUUUAUGUGAAAUCUUGCGCCUGUUUAUAUUGCACUAUUAAAGAGUGACAAACAGGUCUUUGUGUUAGUAAGUUGACAACUUCAUUUUUUUUUAAGUUCGGCUGCUUAAAGAGCCUCUAAUUCUUCAAUAAUUUUGUUUAACGUUCUUCACCGUCUGUAUACCGUGAAAUAUGCACCUAAUUAAACAUGAUCGUCAUAUGCA